AUGGCCGACUCAAACGCUCCUAAACCGAGCAGCAGUGUCAAGCUGGUGCUGCUUGGCGAGGCAGCUGUAGGAAAGUCUUCUCUUGUCUUGCGAUUCGUAAACAACGACUUUCAGGAGAACAAGGAACCCACUAUUGGUGCCGCCUUCUUGACACAAAAAUGCAACCUGCCCACGAGGACGAUUAAGUUCGAGAUCUGGGAUACUGCGGGCCAGGAGCGCUUUGCCUCGUUGGCGCCCAUGUAUUACCGAAACGCACAAGCCGCACUCGUCGUCUACGAUCUCACCAAGCCAACGUCCCUCAUCAAGGCUAAGCACUGGGUAGCAGAACUGCAACGACAGGCAUCACCCGGCAUCGUUAUCGCCCUCGUUGGAAACAAGCUCGACCUUACUAGUGAUAGCGAGUCCGGCCAGGCCGACAGCGAAGGAGCCGAUGGAGAGGAAUCCGGAGACGCCCGGAAGAUUUCUACGGAGGAAGCAAAGACAUAUGCUGAAGAGGAGAACCUUCUAUUCUUCGAGACUAGUGCGAAGACCGGCCACAACGUUACGGAAGUCUUCACCGCAAUUGCGAAUGCCAUCCCCGAGACGUCGUUGAAGAGCACGAGAGGCCCCGGUGCUUCUACCGCGGCGAGUCGAGGCGGUGAGGAGCAGAGAGUGAAUCUGAAUGGACCUAGAGAAGCGGCAAAGGAAGGAUGCGCGUGCUGA